GUCCGAGCUACUGUUAAACUGGUUGAUUUUCCAGUUUAUUCAAAAAUGUAGUGAGCAACCCUGAUCUAAGUGACAAGAGUGUAAACCAAAACCAUGAUCGAGUGACAGUUCAAAAUCAAACAACAAACAGCGAUAAAUGGAUCGUUUUUUUGGAAGCAACAAUUAAGUUUUUGCUGAUGAAGCUAGUUUUUUUGCGGUUUUAUUUCUUGUGUUAAACUUUAUCGCUUUGGAUCAUUCGUUUGACAAAAAAAUUCGCUGCAAGUUUUCUAGUGGAAAGAACGAUCAAUUGUUUAUUGCUGACUUCUUCUAGAAUGGCAUCUGAAACGCUCGUAUCAGUUCCGGUAUUUGACAAGACCAUUAAACCACAAGAAGAGUGUGGAGCACCAAUUCAGUGUCUUGAUAUAAUCCCGGUGUCCGAGAGAGGGGUCGAGGCACCCUCGCCGGUAUCGGUUCCUUCUGUUGAAAAGGCCACUAGACUGCAGGAAGAGUGCGGUGUGUCUAUUCAGUGUCUUGAUAUAAUCGGAGUAUUUCGUCACUGUAACGGCAAGGAGUACAUCAAAAAGAAAUUCCCGACGGAGAUGAGGAUCGAUCAGUUGGGUUUCUCUGCGCGGCUUUGCCAUGCUAAUUUGAACAUUAAAUUGCAGCACGAAGGCUGUCUAAUGACGGCGGAUGAUCAUUUUGUGGCCAAGAUACGAAUUGAAAAUCCACAAUCGAUCCUCCAAGCUGUCGAUUUUGGCGAGGCAAAAAGUAAUCUGCUCCAGCAGCUACGGAUUGUCAAAAUCUUACAAGAUGAUUUGACGAAUGAACGGGUGGCAGGGCAGUCUUCCGUUGUAAAGACCAUCGAGAAUCACUUUCGACAAACGUUAGAGGUCAAAAAUAGUUCAGAGAAUAUUCAAUUGUAUCUUACAAUAAGUACCCAUUGUGACGGAUUAACGGAUUUUAACAAAUUUUGUGAAGCAAUAAGUGAAAAUGAAAUAAUAAGCACAGAAAUACGCUCUGCAGCAGCAUCAUAUUUGAAAGCUGAAGCUCGUGGUAUUGUGAGAGAUAAGAUUUUAGCUCAAUUUAGUCAUCAUCAGUCGAUGAUAAACAGUACAGAAGUAUUCGAUCAAUUGGCUGAGAUUGGAGAUGAAUAUGUUAGAGCCUACAGGAGGAAACUAUUAGAUUUAGGUCCGAUGUGUUUAAGAAUCCAUCUCUCCGGUUGCGUCGACAAUCGAAUUAUCUUCGUUCAUGAAGAAGAUGUCAAUUUAUUCUAUGAUAUAGCGGUAGAUCUGAAUGAAAAAACUUUUUUAAUACCGCUUGCGAACUUUGCCGCUCGAUGGAUGAAGUCAUUGAAAACAUCAGCAAACAAACUGCUUCCAGUUAAGAGAUUAAUCAAAACCAAUUUUCAUCACUUGGCAAACAGCUUGCGACAGUUGAUUUUUGAAAUUAGUGACAACACCGACCACAAAGUGGAAGAACUUCUCAUAAGUGACGAUCCCUCCGGAUGGUAUCCGUUGGAAAAGAUUACUUGGAAGUCUGAAGAUGUGUUGACAAAAUGUUUGGAACAGGAAUAUUUUCUCAUUUUUAAGCUCUUAAAGCAUUAUGAUGUGGAUUGUGACAGCGAGAAGCAAUUUUUCGAGUUGACGGAAGAAAGAAAACAGCAUUUAACAUGGAAGCAACUGGCGAAAUCGAUUAAACCACAUUUGGAUGAUGAGACAGAGGAUGGAAACAAUCCAACAAGAAUACCGGAGGAAAAGUACAUUUGGUUCUAUCUGCUGGGUGACAUUCUGUUUCAUACUUUGCCAGCGGAGUAUGAAUUUGAUUGCUUCGAAGCCAUCAUCGAGGAUUACGUAGAUUUCAUGCUUAGGGCCAGUCCCGAACAGAUGGAAAUGCUUCGUGUUAUUACUCACAGUACAGCCCGGUUUAUGGUACAAAGUAUGACUUUCCUGGCACAGAAAGAUUACUCCCCGAUCGACCACCAGAGUUUGCAAAUACAGCUAAGCUUGAUCAAUGCGAAAUCUAUCAAUUCCUCGCUCAUUCCAAGCAGUUUCCGAGAUUUGGUUAAUGAGUUCAAUAUAUAUUGGAAACACAGAGAAGAUAUUAUAACCGGAAUUCCGUUUAAAAUUUGUCUUCCAGAGAUGGAAUCAGUGAAGAAGGCUUUACUGGAAAUUAUUUUGGUUGCAUUGGAUAAAACUAUCGCCCCAGAAGUCUUGCAAUCCUUCCUCAAAUCGUUUGCUGAACUUUUGUUGGAUUUGAACAAAGUUCAACUUGAUUGGUAUGUCAAAGCUUUUCCUGGUCUCAGCAUGACUAUGUUGGAGGAGUUGAAACUGAUUGAAGUGAUUGAUAACGAAUUGGCCAAAACAGAGUAUAAAACUUAUCGGGUUUUAGAGGUGGAAAAGUUCACCAAAGCUGCUUCAGUGCUUCUCGAGAGUGUUUCACAACCGAAGCAUUACGUUAUUGAACUUUUACUAAUCUUGCUGUCGUUCGUAAACAACCAGCUAACAAAAGUCCAGUGGAAGUCAGGUGAUAAACUAUCCGAAGUGGAACAAAUUGUUACAACUCAAGAACUUAUUGGUGCCGUGAGAAACUGUUUCUUGUGUCUCCGGGAACAAACUGUUUAUAAGUCAUUUGAAUUAUUUCUGGAUGAACGAAUUAAACCUUUGGCAAAUGCUGUCAAAAACAGUGGUUCUCAAGCAGACUUCACAGAACAAAUUGCCCGGACUAAGAGGUCACGUCCGAGACGCAACCGGAAUCAAAAUGGAAUUGGAAUUGACCAAGCUCUAAAGUUGUUCGGAGAAUUGAACAGUGCGUCCAUGAUAGAAGAUCUUCGUUCCGCGUACCGUGAAUAUGAUGCAAAUUUCCAGCUGUAUAUCAAGGAUUCUCACGAAGACUAUAUUAUGGAAGCAUCCCGGGUUGCCAACAAAGUGUUAGAAACAAAGUUUCAAAAGUCAUUUGACAGCUGGAUUAUGAACGACAAACGAAAAAAGAUACCAAAACUUCUGGCAGGGUUGGCAGCUGUUUGGUCUAUUCUGGCCUCCGAACCUGUGGCAGGAACUGGAAAAUUUCUCACUCCCUACUGCGUGCAAAUUCUCUGCAUACUAACACUGCUGAGCGUGGAUCGUACAACUGUAGGUAUUGCAAAUCAUCUGGCACAGAUUGAAAGCGGACAGGGGAAAUCAUUGGUCCUAGCUCUGACAGCGUGUUUGUUGGCGUUAACUGGCCACAAACCUCGAAUAAUUUGUCGCAAUUCAUAUCUGGUAUCGAGGGACAGAGAAAAUUUUCGGCAGCUCUUUUCCAUGUUUAAUGUUGAACACUGCAUAGUUUAUGGGACACUAGCAACUAUUGCCGGUGAUGGGAUUGAUUGGUCAGAACUGGGAAAUUUAUUUACGCAGAUGUUGCUGGCCAAUAAAAAACAUAAACGAGAAGCACUGUUUCUUAAAGAUAGGCGUAAUUCGAUUCUGCUAAUAGAUGAAGCAAAGUGGUUUUACAAUUACGAGCAUACAUGUGAAUAUGAAAAUGAUUAUACCCAAGUGGUGACAAAGCUCCCAGGAUUGGAUUCAAUACAGGAGAAAAUUUGGGAUCUCGUAAGAUCACAAAAGUACAAAUCCGAAGUUGGUGGCAUCGUAAGUGCCAUCUAUAAUUACGUCAGAUCAAAAGAAAUGAAAGAAGCGAAAGCAUUCCACGCUUUUAUUGUCAAUCUAAGACCGUUUGACCUGUUGCUGAAUCGGAAAGCACGAACUAAACGCUAUACCAAUAAAAUACUGUUUGAUGAACAUCUAAUGGAAAUGAUUGAAUGUGCUACUAAUGUAAACAAUUCGAUUACCAGUUAUAGCUUCACGCUCAGUCCGAAAGGCACCAUCCAGUAUAAAUGUGGAGACGAAUACGAAAACAAAGCAUAUUAUAGUUAUAACAAUAUAUUUAACUACUUUCGCCUGCGCAAAUCCGAUUUCAAGACGGAAGUGGAUAACGAAGUCAACUACGGUUAUUUACUGUUGCCUUGUGGCUCAUUCUCAAAUAUACAACUUUUAAGAAAGUAUUCUCUAAUUCUGUCAGUUUCCAGUACACUGUUAGCCAGUCGGCCAUUGCUGGAACAGACUCUUCACAUCAACCAAACGUCGAUUAUACCGACGUGCUUCGGAACUUCAAAAUUCCGUUUCAACCCAUUGAAUGAUUUCCUCGUAUUUACCCACGAGUUUCAAUGGUGCACGGCGAUCGUCAAUCGUCUCAAAGCUGUGAUAGCGGAAAACCGCUCCGUAAUCGUCUGCUUCUGUGACGAGUUUCAGUUGAACAAUUUCUACCGCAAAUAUUCUAGUUCAUUAAAUAACCUGAACCAGUUGGGAUGCAACACCGAACCGAAACUGAGAAAGCAGUACAUUGAUGAAGCAGGCAUGCCUAAUACCAUUACGUUUAUAACCUCCGACCUGAUAGAAGCAAUCGAUUUCAAGGUCAGUGACGUGGUUCAACAGAAUGGUGGCCUACAUGUUAUUCAGACGUUUUUCUCGCGUGAUCCUUGCGAAGAAGCACUAAUCAGGGGAAGAACGUCCCGCAUGGGAAACCCCGGCAGCUUCGAGUUGAUUGUUAGUAAGGAGUCGCUGAAAAGUUUGAGCACGAAUGCUAUAUCUUACGCACAAUUAAAUGGUAAUAGAAAAGAUUUGUUUCUCAAAAUAAAAGAAAUUGGUUCAGUACAGUCGCUACAGGUCGCACAAAUCCGUCACGAAAAUACCAUAGAACAUUUGAAUAAGCUUUUGCGAUAGUCAAGUAGUUAGUUUAUUGUUUAUUAGGAUUAAAUUACGAAUUAAAAAUAUUUUGAUUACAUAUCAUACCAACAAACUGUUUGAAUUGUUUCCUUAAUUGCUUCACCACUUUUGACGCAAAACAACUGAAGUUUUUUAUUCUAUGGCUUCUCAAGUCUGAAAAGAAAACAGCUGCGAACAGAUCAUUUAUUGGAGGAUCAUCCAAUCUAUUGAAGCACCCCAAUCUUUGGAUCACAGCUAGUUCUAAGAGACUUCGAGAUAAUAGUACCGCUUCUUUGCACGCCAACGCUCCAUACUGCGCCCUUCAAGGCCAUUUAGAACAACAGGCUCUUCACCUUGCUCCAGAUAGUCCAACUUCACGAACAGGUCCGAAACCACGCUAGCCUGACGCAUGAUGGAAAACCAUCGAUAGCCCUUUUUAUAGUUCUUCCCAGCUGUUAUGUGAUAUUAAUAGCUCUCUACAAGCUUCCCUGACUUCGUCCAAACUUGGCGAUUCCACAGCUUGUCCAUCCUCCUCCAUUCCUCUCCUAUUUCUGUCGAUGGUUUUAUCUCCUUUAUUCAUGGCAAAUGAAAAAACCUCCUGACAAUCACAAGAAUUUUCCAAGUUUAGUUUAGUUUAAAACCCUCAUACCGCUCCCGCUGAACUGCAAACCACCGUUUCGUCGAAUGAUGAUCCACUCAGAACUGCCACUGAGUCCUUGACAAUUUCACCAAAUCAUCGUGCAGAUGAAUCCAACUUUUUUUUCAGGAAAAACAACAUUAGUAUAGUUAAUUGAAUGACAUACUUCUAUAUGCCUAAAAUUAUCCGAUAUACAAUAACCUGGAGCAAAAUUAUAUGUUUGCAGUUUGUACCACUAUGCAGUGGGACUGUAAUGCGGGUACUUUCAAAAUGGGACAAAAACAACUUGGUAUUUUUUCCAUGUUUUCCAUACAAAAGCAUUCAAUUUUAAUUUUUUUCCAGAAAAUAUGAUAAUAAUUAAGUCGAUUCCCGAUGAUAACCUCAAAGUGACCAAAAUCAGUAUGGGACAGUUAUGCGGGUACCGGCAGAUUAGGUAUAUUUAAGUAACGGGAAAAUUAAUAUACAAGAAAAGAAAGACGAAGAAGCAAGAAAGUGUUUUUCCGGACUAAUUUGUGAUUAUGGCGAAACAAGUUAUGAUACAGAAACACCAAAAAGCAAAGUUUUCACUCAAUAAUUUCAAUCGUAAUUCACGGUUCAACAACAUAUUUGUUGUCAUCCAAAAAUACUAAUGAAAGCAGAAUCGCAUAAUAUACGUUACAUACAAAAUCAGUGCAACAGCAAAGGCGCAUCUAAGGCCUGAUUUCUUCAGAACGUUGCUAUCGCUGUCAAUUCUCAUAUAUUUAGAGCGUACCCAACAUCUCAAUCGAGGUUGCAUAUUCAAUUUUGGGGUGUUUUAUCGCCGCGUGCCAA